AUGAAGCUGCUCAGCCUCCCUGCUGUAUCACCUCUUCAGCCGAUUGCGAAGCCCGCCAAAUAUGAACACACAGCGCUCCCCUUGGACACGAUCGAUCCGAAACUACGCAUUGUCUCGCUCCUGCCUGGUCGUCAGCAUGAGAAAGUCAAGUGUUCACUGCGUAUUUCUUCUUUGGCGAACGCUCAUUUACAGUAUACCGCCGUAUCAUACACAUGGGGCAGUACUGAAAAGACGCAAACGGUCAUAUGCGAUGGCAAACAACUGCCAGUGACCAAUAACUUGUACGCUGCGUUGCGCAAUCUCCGGACGAAAGAUUCUCCGGUCACCAUUUGGAUUGACCAGCUGUCCAUCAACCAAAGUGACAGUGCAGAGUGUGAAAACCAAGUCGGUAUAAUGGGGAAGAUAUACAAGAACGCCCGGGGAGUAGUCAUAUGGCUCGGUGAAACUCAACACAAAAGCACCCAAGCACUUGCGCUAUGUAAGCAAAUAAUCAAGGUCAUUGACGCGCAUGAGCGAGACAUAUCCAGGGACAUCGUUGGUGGGCCUGAGCAAUUUGGCUUGCCAAAAUGGGCAGACAACGUCUGGUACAGUCUGGGACUUUUGCUGAGGCGGCCGUGGUUUCAGCGGACUUGGACCAUCCAGGAAGUUGUCAUGGCUCGCAAUGCCGUUGUCCGGUGUGGAAAAGACAGCAUACCAUGGACCUCGCUCAGCAGAGUCGCUUCUGUCCUGGACUUUGAAACUGGAAGACCCUCUAGCGUCGUGAACCCAUCAAGCACAAGUCUGACUCACCGCGUGCGACUUAUAGACAGACUCCGGGAGGCUCCAAUGGACUUGAUUGAUUUGCUUCUUGACACCAGAGACUACCAGGUUACCGACCCUAGAGACAAGGUAUACGCGUUCCUGGGCCUUGCCUUGUCGGAUAUCGCGCCUGACUACACUACAAAGACCGCUGAAAUCCUGUACAUUCAGAUUGCAGUUGCAUAUCUUGCGAGCUCACUAGCUGAGCCAUGCUCAGAAGAGCUGAAAAGCCGCAAAGUCAUGAAUCUGAUAAGCCAUGCUGGAUCUGCAAACCAGCAGCUCCCUUUACCUUCAUGGGUCCCCGAUUGGAGCACAAGCCUUCAGAGCCGGCGAUUUGUCCUCCGUCCUCCGUCUUCACUCGAUCCUAUACCGGGGUAUGAGGCUGGCGGACCUGUACUUUCUCAAUUCGACAUCUUGGGCCGUCAUCGCUUGCGUCUCAGCGCCAUCAUUUGCGGCUCAGUCCGUACAGCGGGCACCAAAUGGCUUGCCAAGGGAGACACGUUGAGCCGAAAACAACUUCGCGACGACGCAGGCGAAUGGCUUGCCGAGGCCAUGUCAAUCAAUUACAUGGCCGGGCAGACGUAUCUGACAGGAGGCCCGGCGAACGAAAUUUUCAAGCAAACAGUAUUAGCAGGUAGGAAUCGAUAUGGCGACUUGGCUUUACCGGAUGAUAUCCAAACGAUGUAUAAUGGCUGGCAGAGACUACAACAGACGACUUUCACAACCGACCACUUGAAAGAACGUGUCCAUGGGGACCAGUGGCUCUACUUUCAUGCGACAAUGGCGGCGCAGGGACGGGUCUUCAUGCUGUCAACGCACGGUCACACGGGCCUUGCGCCGCAUGGAACCAGAUGUGGUGACAGGAUCGCCGUGCUUCUGGGCGCCGGAGCACCGGUAGUAUUACGUCCUGUAGGGCAUGAUAUGGACGGGCAUCUGUAUUCCCUUAUUGGUGAAGCUUACAUUCAUGGCAUGAUGGACGGUGAAGUGACUCGAAACGUACAGUUUGACGACCCGGGGAUUGAAGACAUCGUGCUUGUUUGA